CCCCGCCCGGGCGGCCCGCGCUGGCCCAGGCCCGGCCCGGCCCGGGGUGGUGGCGGCGGCGGCGGCGGCGGCGGCCCCGCGGCGCAGGGCCCGGCCCGGCCCGGCUCGGCCCGGUGCCCAUUGCUCCGUUGUAGGGCUCUGAAGAUGUCAAACAGCAACGUAACACAGGAGUCUUUGGAAAUAAUGAAGGAGUCUGAAAAAAAGGUGGUUGAGGAAUCUGUGAACAAAACCAAAUACGUAUCCAGGUCACCAAGCAAGGAGGAGGUGGAGAAGGACGGAGGGGAGGAGGUCAGCGUGCGCCAGGAAUCCCAGAGGCGAACUUCAAGUCAUGGACAUGCCAGAAAAAGAGCCAAGUCUAAUUCAAAGCUUAAACUGGUCAGGAGUUUGGCUGUAUGUGAAGAAUCGUCUAGUCCCUUUGUAGAUGGGCUGCUGGAGUCCCAGGACAUCAUUCAGUUGCAUGUGAGCUGCCCCUCUGACAAGGAAGAGGAAAAGUCCACGAAAGAUGGGGCUGAGAAAGAAGAAAAAGACAAGAAUAAAGAAAAGGCACCAAGGAAAAUGCUGUCUCGAGAUUCCAGCCAGGAAUAUACAGACUCCACUGGAAUAGAUUUGCAUGAAUUUUUAGUAAAUACACUGAAAAAAAACCCACGGGAUAGAAUGAUGCUACUAAAGUUAGAACAGGAGAUUCUGGAAUUUAUUAGUGAUAACAACAAUCAGUUUAAGAAGUUCCCUCAGAUGACCUCUUACCAUAGGAUGCUGUUGCACCGGGUAGCUGCCUACUUCGGCAUGGACCAUAACGUUGACCAAACCGGGAAGGCAGUCAUUAUCAACAAGACCAGUAACACACGAAUCCCUGAGCAGAGGUUCUCUGAGCACAUCAAAGAUGAGAAGAAUGCAGAGUUCCCGCAGAGGUUUAUCCUAAAACGAGAUGAUACCAGCAUGGACCGAGAUGAUAAUCAGAUCAGACUCCCCUUGCAGGAUGGGAGAAGGAGCAAAUCUAUAGAAGAGCGAGAGGAAGAGUAUCAGCGGGUCAGGGAGCGGAUAUUUGCACGAGAGACUGGCCAGAAUGGAUAUCUCACUGACAGCAGAAUCUCCAAAGAAGCCUUUUCUUCUAGUUCUCACAAACGGAGGCAGAUUUUUAGGGGCAACCGGGACAGUUUGAACCGGGCCUCAGGCAGCCGCCAGAGCAGCACAGAGAGCGAGAUAAAGUCGCUGGAGCCUCGGCCGUGGAGCAGCACAGACUCAGAUGGCUCCAUCCGCAACCUGCGACCACCUGUUACCAAAGCCAGCAGCUUCAGUGGCAUCUCCAUCCUGACACGGGGGGACAGCAUUGGGAGUAGCAAAGGCAGCACUGCCAGCAGAACGUCCCGGGCAGGUUUGGUACUAGGUGCCCCUGAAGCAUGCAGCCAGUCCCCUUCUUCGCAGCCCAGCCGUGGCCUCCUACCCUGCACAGCCCAGCAGCCUCAACCGCAGCCCCCCCAGCAGCCACCACCGCAGCCCCAAGGACUCCCACCUGCAGCCCAGCAGCAGCCAGCCAUCAGCAACCACAUGAUGUCCCAGCCGGUCCCAGCGCUGCAGCCUGUUCAGUAUUCUCCAAGCUCCUGCCCCCAAGUCCUCUUGCCAGUCUCUCCACCCCAGCAGUACAACCUGGCCGACGAACUCAGCAACCCCUUUGGGCAGAUCAGCCUCAGCCGACAGGGCUCUACAGAAGCACCGGAUCCUUCCUCGGCUAUGUUCCAGUCAUCCCUCAUCUCCCAGCAUCCUCAGCAAACAGGAUUCAUCAUGGCAACCCCUGGGCAGCCCAUUUCCACCUCCAACUACUCCGCCUCAGGGCACACGGCCCCCACACAGCAGGUGCUGCAGCCCCAGGGCUACAUUCAGCCUCCCCAGCAAAUUCAGGUUUCUUACUACCCUCCUGGGCAGUACCCGAACUCCAGCCAGCAAUACCGAUCUCUCAGUCACCCAGUGGCCUACAGCUCCCAGCGCACUCAGCAGCUCCCCCAGCAGUCCCAGCAGCCGGGUUUACAGCCAAUGAUGUCCAACCAGCAGCAAACAUACCAAGGUGUAAUGGGAGUGCAGCAAGCACAGCCCCCCGGGCUCCUCAACAGCCAGAGGAACAGCAUGGGGGGCCAGCUGCAGAGUAUGAUGGGAGUGCAGCAGGCGCAGCCCCCUGGCCUUCUCAGCAGCCAGAGGAGCGGUAUGGGGAGCCAGAUGCAAGGCCUGAUGGUCCAGUACAGUCCACUGCCUUCAUACCAGGUUCCUGUGGCCAAUGAGUCCCAGAGUGUGGUCCAGCAGCCCUUCCAGCAGCCAGUGCUUGUACCAGCCAGCCAGUCUGUUCAGGGCGGGCUUCAGGCUGGAGGGGUUCCCAUCUACUACAGCGUCAUCCCAACUGCCCAGCAGAAUGGCACCAGCCCUUCGGUGGGGUUUCUUCAGCCACCUGGCUCUGAACAGUACCAGAUGCCACAGUCCCCGUCACCCUGCAGCCCGCCGCAGAUGCAGCAGCAGUAUUCAGGGGUGUCUCCGUCAGGCCCUGGCGUGGUUGUGAUGCAGCUGAAUGUACCCAAUGGCCCCCAGACCCCCCAGAAUCCCCCCGUGGUGCAGUGGAGCCACUGUAAGUACUACAGCCUGGACCAGCGGGGGCAGAAGCCAGGAGACCUGUACAACCCAGACACCAGUGCUCAGGCCAGCACCCAGCUGAACAGCCCCAUCACGUCCCCCACCCAGUCCCCGACACCGUCUCCUGUCACCAACCUCAACAGUGUCUGCACGGGGCUGAGCCCCCUCCCUGUCCUCACACAGUUCCCCCGGCCCAUGGGCCCGGCACAAGGUGAUGGGCGCUACUCAUUGCUGGGCCAGCCGCUGCAGUAUAAUCUGUCUAUCUGCCCCCCACCGCUGCUCCACAACCAGCCCAACUACAAUGCACACCAGGGGCAGACUGGAAUGAAACAUGGAAACCGGAGCAAGAGACAGGCCCUCAAGUCAGCAUCCACUGACCUUGGGACAAGCGAUGUAGUGCUGGGCCGAGUGCUGGAGGUGACAGACCUGCCCGAGGGCAUCACGCGGACAGAGGCUGACAAGCUCUUCACCCAGCUCGCCAUGGCUGGUGCCAAAAUCCAGUGGCUCAAAGAGACUCAGGGGCGCCAUGGAGAUGGGGGCGGCGGGGACAACAACGGGACUCCAGAGAACGGCAGGCACAGUGACCUCGCUGCCUUAUACACCAUCGUGGCCGUGUUCCCCAGCCCGCUGGCCGCCCAGAAUGCCUCCCUCCGCCUCAACAACUCCCUCAGCCGCUUCAAGCUGCGUGUGGCCAAAAAGAACUACGACUUGCGGGUGCUGGAGCGUGCCAGCUCACAGUAGGGCUCACGCAUGGGCACAGAGCACACUGGACUGCGGGCACUUCCCUCUGCCUUCUCUCUUCCUUUCUGCCCUCCCUUCCUCUCACCCUCCUUCCUGGAUAUAUUUAUAUGGACAUAAUUAAGAGACGAGAAAUUGAUUUUUUUUUUUUUAUUAUUAUUAUUUUUGGAGUGAUGCCCGUGCCCGCCCACCUUACCCUGUGUAUAUUGUUUUGUUAAGCACUGUGUUGAACCGCACAUACAGGUGUUGAUUGGUAUGUUCACUGCACAUUUUAUUUAAUCUGAUUAUUAUUUGGGGGGUAUUUUUGGUUUUGUUUUAUUUGGGGGGUUGUUUUUAAAUAUAAAAAGAAAACUUGUCCAUCACUUUAACGCUGCUUUCCCGUUUUC